CUGAAAUGCUCGUCCAGUUGACGAUCACACAUUGUAAUAUCGAUUGAACUUCCGCCGAAUCGGUCACUGAGUCAGUCCCUGGCGCGCUAUGACAGCCUCCGCUACCCUGCAGGCCAGCAAGAAGAAGCGCGAUGAGCGGGAACGAGCCGUGAAAGAGAUGGAAGACAAGUUGGGCGUGUUGGCGGAUCAUCCAGAGGAUGCAGACUACACUCAUACAAGACCGUUGGAUAUCGUCGCGAACCUCAAAUCACGGAAAGCAGGAUGGACAGUGGAGAGAAUUAUGAUCGCAUUCAUCCGGACGGCGUGUGAUGCUCACCGAAAGACGAAUUGUCUGACAGAAGUGAUGUUCCAUGAAGCCUUGGAAGCCGCCAAAUUGAAGGACAAGGAGCUGGAUGUAUCUCCUGACAAUAUCCAAGGCGACUUUUGGGGAUUGCCGUCCAGCUUCAAGGACACAUACAACAUCAUCGGUGUGGAUACGUCGCUUGGACUAUCCCAAUUCUGUGACCAGCCAACCGCCGAGACGAACGAUGAGGCUGGCCUGGUGAAAGUCUUCAGAAAAGCGGGUGGUAUUCCAUUUUGCAAAACGAAUGUCCCGCAAACACUUUUCGCGACCGAAUGUAGCAAUCCCAUCUUUGGGACUUCCACCAAUCCCCAUGACUCUCUGCGGACCCCAGGCGGAAGCUCUGGCGGCGAAGCAGCUCUCGUUGCGUUACACGGCACUCCUAUUGGUUGGGGAUCGGAUGUGGGCGGAUCACUCCGUGUCCCUUCACAUAAUGUCGGGAUUUGUGCUCUCAAGCCUGUGAGGGGUAGGUGGCCGCAUUCCGGAGGACGUCCUACUGUUCCGGGCAGCGACGGUGUCAAGGUAGUAGAGGGUCCUAUGGCUAGGACUGUCGACGAUCUCAUAUUCGCCUCGAGGACUGUUUUAAGCUUGAUACCCAAGAUGGAAGGCAGCUUUAAGGGCGAAUCGUUAAUCCCUCUACCUUGGCGAGAGACAGAGCAACCCAAACGGUUGAAGAUUGGAUAUUUCACAGGAUUUCCAGGACUAAAGACCAGUCCUGCUUGCUCUCGAGCUGUACGUGACACGGUGGAAAAGCUUCAAGCCGCAGGCCACGAGGCCGUAUCAUUUGAGCCACCACGUUUACUAGAUGCAUUCAAGAGCUUCGCCUCUAUGACCUCGUCCGACGGCUAUGGGACGUUGUUGGGCAAUCUCGGUCCUGACCCCAUGGAGCCCUCGCUACGUCUCGUCACCCUUGGAUCUAAAAUGCCAUGGCUCGUGCAUCAGCUGGCAGUUCAAAUUCUUCGAUGGGUCGUGCGCGAUACCCUUUUUGCCGACAUCUUCGCUGUGUCUCGCCCGAAGAGCGUGAAAGAGCUGUGGGCAGCUACGGCACUCCGUGACGAAUGCAACGCAGAGUUCUGCAGAGCGGCAUGGGAUCAUGAGGCAUUCGACGCAGUGAUAUGUCCUGUUCUAUCAGUGCCAGCCAUGGAGCACGGUCGCACCACACUUCUUUCACCAGUGGCUAUCGGAACCAUCGUAUUCAACAUCAUCGACUCGACUGUGGGUGUUCUCCCUGUGGCACGUGUGGAUCGAGAGCUCGACUCCACCCCACCAGACUUUUUGAAAGGCUCCGUAGGUUCUUGGAUCCUCGAACGCCGAAUGUACGAGGGCACGAAUCCGGCCUACAACGCCGAUAAGAUGCAUGGACUACCUAUCGGAGUGCAAGUUGUGGCCAAGCCUUGGCAGGAGGAGAAAGUGCUCAAGAUCAUGAAGGUUGUGGAGGAGGCUGUGAAGUUCAAAUGAUAUUUGACCCUGGCCAAUGCAAGGUCCGGACUCGCUCAUGCAUCCUCGAUGGACUU